UAGCCUUCUGGGAAGUGUAGUCCGCGCCUGCGCCCGUCGGACCACCGAGCCAGUUACUCCGGUAGAAAGCGGGUCCACCUCUACCGGACUGCCAGAUGAGAGGGACAGGCCCGGGCGCGCCCACCCUCGCUCUUCCCUCGCGUCCCACGGCCCCGGCCUCGCCUCCUGGCUCGCGGAGCUGGGCGGACGCCGCGCCGGAAGCUGGGGUGGUCAAGGGGCUGCCGUGAGGCUGAGGCCCAGGAUGGCGCGCCAGGUGCCCAUCAGCUUCAAGGACCUGGCUGUGCGGUUCUCGGAGGAGGAAUGGCGGCUCUUGGAGGAAGGGCAGCGCGAGUUCUACCGGGAUGUGAUGCGGGAAAACUAUGAGACGCUAGUCUCCGUGGGGACAGCUGAGCUGCUCCCCCUCUCUGCUUUCCUGUUACCCGUGGAGCCUGGAGGAGCCCCGAGGGCAGAAAAUCGCACUGAGCAGAGGCAGGAGCCGACUGCGGGGGCCAGCCCCCAGGGAGGACAGCUGCAGCCCAGCCUGCACCUCACCGCCUUGGUGCAGCUGGUGAAGGAGAUUCCAGAGUUCUUGUUCGGGGAAACCAAGGGCGCCGAGGAUGGCCCUGAGAGUGAGGGAGCCAGCCUGGAUGGGGACACAGCGAGCCUACAAGCAGCUGUGCCAGUGGGCAUCUGCCCUCUCCAAGGCCUGCUCAGCUGCCUUCCUGACAGCCCUGUGAGCCAGCCCAGCCUGGCCACCACGCCCUCCAGCAGUUCAUCCUCUAGUGGCCCUCCUGGAGAUGGGGGCCAAGGAAGCCCCCUCCACACUAAAACUGCUGACAGAUCUUGGCCCACAGGGAAGGAAGGCCCAGGAGCCCCAAGUGCAGAGCUGAACACUCCUACCUGUAGUCCCAGCCGGAGGAAGAGUCCCCAGCAACAAGAAAGAGAGUCCAAGGGGCCAAGGGUCUCUCCUGGAACCAGCCCUUUGCAAGGCCUCAUCAACUGCCUGAAAGAUAUCCUCAUGCCUGGGCCACAGUGCCCUGACCUGUCCCCAGGCUCAGUGCCUCCUCCUCUGAGCCUGGAUAGGUCCAGGCAAACAGGAGUGGACUUGGGGUCACGGAGCCCGUCCUGGCCAGUGAAGACCGAGGCCGCUUUGGGGGACUGUCCCCUCCAGGGUCUGCUGAAUUGUCUGAAGGAGAUUCCCAAGACUCACGACAGGUACCCCAGCCCCUCAAGAGCAGGGCACUCACUGGUUCAGGAGGAUCCAGGGCCCUGGAAGAGGAAUCCUGGAGGACCCGGACACCUCCAGACUCCGCCUCACCCUGCUGGUCCUGGAGCUGGUGACGCACUCACCAUGGUGAAAGUGGAAGACAGCUGGACCCCGAGCACCGCGGUGCCUGCAUCCGGCCAGCUCAGCAGGCAGGGCCACAGUCCCUCUGCCACUGGAGAUACUGGAGGGGUCCAUGUGCCCGUCUGGGGCCCCGAGGCUCAAGCUUGCAGGGUGUCGAGCUCACCUCUGGAAGCCCUGGAGGCUUGUCUGAAGGGCAUUUCCACAAGUGCAUUGUCACCUCCUCAGCCACCAGCCACCUCUUGGUCCCGGACCCUCCAGCCAGGAGAUGCUGGGUCUCAGAGACCUGAGCUGCGGCCCCAAGGAUCACACAGUGAAGAUGCCACCAGGGAACCACUUGCACCUUUGGGCCCCACCCAACCCUUAGUUCCUCGAGGGACCCCCACUAGCCUCUCCUCAGCCAGCAGCACUGAUGGGGACCUGGACUUCAGGAGCCCUGGAGGGAACCAGGGCCAGCACUCUGGCAAAGGGUGCCCACCAGGGAGCUCCCCACUUCAGGGCCUGGAAAACUGCCUCAGGGAGAUCUCUGUUUCCAGGCCACAGCCUUCCCAGCCCUGCCCCUCUGCAGUGGACAGGGCACUGAGGAGAGCGGAGCCCAGGACCUGGGUGACAUACAAAGAAGGACUGAGAGGCGAGGCCUGUGAGCCAGUCCACAGCACCCAAGGAGGAGGAGAGGGGCCCACCCAGAGUCCCCGCUGGGCCAGCCCACAGGUUUUCCCUUUCAGCUGUGUCCCUGCCUGCCACCAACCAGGACUCAAAGACCAGGGUGCCACCAGGCCAAGACCGUGGAAGAGGUCACAAGACGGGCUCGUGGCCAGACCCUCCCCACUGCAUUGCCUGGAGAGCUCUCUGCGGGGGAUUCUGCCUGCCAAGCCCUUGCGUUUCACCUGCCUGACCGACCCCAGCCCUGGGCCAGGCCCCAGCUCCAGCUCGAGCCUCUACAGCUCUGACGGAGAAGACCUGCGGCCAGAGCCAGAGAUCUGGCAGCCACCCCUCCAGGAGAGAGGCCACUUUCCCAGCUGCAAGCAUCCUGUCCCUCUGUCCCCUGGCCCCAGUGGAUCCUCCACUGGCAGCAGCAGCUGCAGCCCUGCAGACAACCCUGGGGCAAGAAUAGAGCCCCAGGACUACAGCAGCCUCAGGGCAGGAAAAGCAGAAGACAAGACUGGAGGCAGCUCUCUGUUGCUCAGGAGAGAAGAGGGCGCAGAGAGCACAUGUCAGCCUGGCUUUCCCCGCAGUGCCGCAGUCAGAGGAGGAAGAGGGAGAGAGACAGCUGGGGCCCCCUGGCCUGUCCCUCCACCAGAGAAGAGGCCCAUGAGGGCCAGUGAGGACCCCAGGGGCCUGGAGCCUGGAUGCAGAAGACCUAGUGUUGCAGUUUCAGCCAGGACCCAAGGGAGACUGCUCCUUGGGGACCCACCUGAGCUGCCCAGCAAUUGUUCGCCUCCCACAACCAUCUCACCUACGUGGUCAGCCACCUCCCCCUGGCCACUGUGCCCCUGUCGGAGGCCCCUGCAGCAGGAGCUGCAGAGCCUGGGUGCCACCCUCACGGAGAAGCUGGACCAGCUCUUUGCAGCCCUGGCAGGCCUGGCUCAGGAAGUGGCCACCAUGAGGACACAGGUGGACCGGCUGAGGAGGCGUCCACGGGGGCCUAAACCAAAGGGCCCAGCUUCCUGGCUGUGGUCCCUUCCCAGGGGACAUCGCUGGGCCCACGGCCCUGGUCACAGACACCUGCCCUACUGGAAACAGAAGGGACCUACUAGGCCCAAACCAAAGGUCCUGCGCGGCCAGGUGGAAGGCUGCAGGUCUGGUGAUCCCCAAGGACUGUCCAGAGCAAGAGUAUCCCCAGUGCCACAGCUGCCUGCAGACACCGUCCUGGCAGAACCUUCUAGGUCUAACAGCAGCCCAUCGCAGCAGCCCACCUUGGGGUCCAGUUGUCCUGCUGUGCUGAAUGGUCACACCCUCCAUGGACACCCUGGGCACCACCAGGGCCUAUUCACCCCUCUCAUCCCUGCUGCCUCACCCCUACUGCAGGCCUCUCCCACAACCAGCACAGACCCAGAGCCAUUGGCUGCAGGAAGUGCCCAGGUCAGCAUCCUAACCCAGUCCAAGGAGCCAAGGGGAGUCCUCCGAGAGGACCUCUGGGGUGGUGAGCACAGAGACCCAAGGUGGGGGGCCCGUUAACUGGACCCUUCAUCAGGCUGGCCUCACUGAGCAUGCAGAGGGUGCUGGACAGGUUCCCCUGCUCUGCCCCGUGGCCCUUCCCGCUGCUGGAGUUGGAGCCCCAGUGGUGUCUGCUCUGGAGGCUGCCAUGGAGCAUUCUUCGACCACACCUCAGGUUUUCUUGGCUCAGGUUUAUGUAGACAUUGCUUCUGCCUUUCGUCCUCACCAGAUCUGUCCAGGGUCACUGCUGGGCAGCAGUACACAUGCACAGAGGCAGCUGCAGGGUGGGCACCAGGGCCGUCACUGCUGGCUGCCCACCCUUCUGGGCUCUGCACUGCCUUCCUGGAGUGAAUGCCAGUCCCAGUUGAACCUCAGGAGAACUGUGGCCAAGGUCAAGCUGGGUUUACUGAUGUGAAUUCCAAAAUUAAAGACGUUAGCUGCUGGGGAAAGACCUUGGCUCCUA